AUGAGCAAAUUUCGAAAACUUAAAAUUUAUAAAAAUAUUUGGAACCAUCUCUUAGAAGACGACCACGAUACAAUAGUCCUCCUCAUUCUGGAAGUAUAUUAUCAGGAAUCGGGUAAUGGUCUCGAGGCGGAGCAAUAUCGGAAGCUGUUCAUCGGAGGUCUGUCGUCAGUCACAACCGAUGAAACGCUCAAGACAUAUUUCUCGAAAUGGGGUGAAAUAAGAGACUGCGUUGUGAUGAAAGAUCCAUCAACGAAGCGUUCACGCGGCUUCGGAUUCAUCACCUACUCCAAGCAGUCGGAAGUCGAUGCCGCGAUGGCAGCGCGGCCACACACCAUUGACGAUAAGAAGGUGGAUCCGAAACGAGCAGUACCACGUGAAAAGGCGGACCACAGUGAAGCAAAAGUUUCCACCAAACGAUUGUAUGUUUCGGGCAUACGAGAAGACAUCACCGAGCAAGUGCUCGAGGAACAUUUCAGUCAGUUUGGCAAAGUGGAUAUAAUUGCUGAUAGAAACACUGGUAAGCCGCGUGGUUUUGCAUUCAUUUCGUUCGAUGAUUACGAUUCCGUGGACAAAUGUGUGCUGCAGAAGAAUCAUCACGUGCUCAAUUAUCGCUGUGAUGUGAAGAAAGCACUGAGCAAGGAGGAGAUUGCGAAGGCGCAGCAACAGGAUCGUGAACGCGUCGAAAGAAUGUUUCGAUCACGAGGCAUGACCAGACUGGAUCCGUAUGACGUCGCACCAGCGGGAGUUUAUGGUGGUUCAAUGGGAAGUUAUGGUAGC